AUGGCGCAAGGAGGUGGAGCAAAGCAGGUGAAAUUGGAACGAGAGAGCGAACUUAGAAUCGAAGUGGGCAACGACGCGCCUCUCAAGCUUCGGCUGCUCAAUGGCACAGCCGAGAUCUUUGGCACCGAGCUCCCCCCUGAAAUCUGGCUCACCUUCCCACCCAGGCUCAAGUUUGCUGUUUUUACUUGGUAUGGAGCAACAAUUGAGAUGGACGGCAGUACGGAAACCGAUUACACCGCUGAUGAGACCCCAAACAUCAGUUAUGUAAAUGUGCAUGCCGUACUGGAAGAACGGAGAAACCGUGCUAAAGCCUCGCCGCCUGAUGACUCCAAUUCUUCUCAGCCUCAGGGCCCGAGGGUGAUUGUUGUGGGACCUACAGAUUCUGGGAAAAGUACCUUGUCCAAAAUGCUUCUUAGUUGGGCAGCUAAGCAGGGAUGGAAGCCUACUUUUGUCGACUUGGAUAUUGGACAAGGAGCUAUAACAAUUCCCGGAUGCAUUGCUGCUACUCCUAUUGAAAUGCCUAUUGAUCCGGUUGAAGGAAUUCCUCUUGAAAUUCCCCUUGUUUAUUUCUAUGGGCACACAACUCCUAGUAACAAUGUAGAUUUAUACAAAGUACUUGUGAAGGAGCUUUCUCAAGUGAUAGAGAGACAAUUUUCUGCUAAUGCUGAAUCUCGAGCUGCUGGAAUGGUGAUCAACACUAUGGGAUGGAUAGAAGGUCAAGGCUAUGAGUUGCUUCUUCAUGCAAUUGAUACAUUCGAUGCCAAUGUUGUCUUAGUUUUGGGACAGGAAAAGCUUUGCAGCAUGCUCAGAGAUGUACUAAAGAACAAGCCCGGUGUGGACGUUGUUAAACUUCAAAGAUCAGGGGGUGUUGUAUCCAGGAAUGCGAAAUUCCGUCAAAAAUCCAGGAGUCAUAGGAUAAGGGAAUAUUUUUAUGGCCUUGCAAAUGAUCUGAGCCCGCAUUCUAAUAUCGCAAAUUUCAGUGAUUUAUCUGUCUUUCGAAUUGGUGGUGGGCCACAGGCCCCACGUUCAGCUUUGCCAAUUGGUGCAGAGCCUGCCGCAGAUCCUACAAGAUUGGUGCCUGUGAAUAUUAACAGGGAUUUGCUCCAGACGGUUCUCGCUGUUUCAUUCGCCAAGGAUCCUGAUCAAAUUAUUUCUAGUAAUGUUGCUGGGUUUAUUUAUAUCACAGACAUUGAUCUUCACAGGAAGACAAUUACAUAUCUUGCACCAUCUGCGGGGGAUCUUCCAAGCAAAUAUUUGAUUGCAGGAAACUUGCCAUGGCUUGAAACAUGA